GGUCUUCGGUGUUCGCGAUCGAAGGGGAAGCGACGAUGGUUGCUGCCGGUUGCCGUCGGACACCCGCACCGCUCUGAUUUCCAAUUUCUGUGCGGAAUAUUUUGUUCCAUCAUGCUUCCAGAAGGACUUGGCACAUGCUGACUCAAGCUGUAAAUCUUCCCAUCUUCCCGAGUCAAGACGCGCGCAUUCAGCUUCGACGUUUGACAAUUUUCUGCUCACGCGAGUGUGCAUUAUCAACAAGUACAACGCGAAUAUCCUAGUAUGCUCAGGGGUAGACGUAUAGCCAACAUCCAACGAACGACCAUUUCUCGAUUUAGUAGUCACCAUGGACUUUUCAGCAGACGACAAGGUAAGGGUGAACAACCGCAACCAAGGGUGAUGAAUGCCGAUCAUCAUCAUGAUACCCAUGCAAUUCCGCCAAAAUUCAUCCAGGAGCAAUAUUGGCAUUACAACAAAGUCAAAAUCUCGGAUCUGGAGAACGAUGAGAGUGUUGUGGAUUGGAAUAAGGGAUUAAGCGAAGAACAGGCCAAAGUGUUGAAGCCGGUCAGCACGAUCUCGAAAUCUGCUAUUGAAAAUGCUUGUAUUACAUUUCGCAAUGCUGCUUUAGGUACGGAAGGAGACGAGUCGCCGCUGGAGACUGAAAUCGAGGACGUGACAGUUUAUGAGCAUGCAGACUUCCCAGGAUUGCAAAUCGCACCGGGGAUCUUGCCACCGGAAACACAAGUACUCUGGAUAUCACAAAUCAUGCAUCAAUACAUGGCAAAUCCUAAGCACAAGAUCAACCUGCAAGCAGACUUCGACAUUGAGUAUCCAGCAUCCGAAGGUUCGGGAGGACAAGAAGCACCAACACCGUCUCUAUUCACAUACGACCCCCAAUCCACCCACUCAACACCAAAGAACCCGGAAACACAAAAAUCUCUCAACAUGGCGCAAAUGCUAUCAAGGAAACUACGCUGGUUAACGCUAGGAGAGCAAUACCACUGGCCAACACGCAGCUACCCACGUAACGGACCUACGACCUUCCCUUCAGACCUCAGCACACUAGUAAGCGGACUCUUCCCACACAUCCGUCCCGAAUCAGGAGUCUGUCUACUCUACGGACAGAAAGAUUACAUGCCCGUGCAUCGGGACGUCAGCGAAUUGUGCGAGCGCGCUCUUGCUUCUUUCUCCUUCGGCUGCGAUGGUAUCUUCGUAAUUGCAAGAGGCGAGGGCGAGCUAGAAGAGGGAGAAGAUCCGAAAAAGAGAACUGUGGCCAUCAGAGUCAGAAGUGGCGAUUGCGUACACCUGGAUAAUGAAACCAGGUGGGCGUGGCAUGCGAUGCCGAGAACAAUUCCUGGAUCGUGUCCGCAGUGGUUGGCAGAGUGGCCUGCGGUCAAAGGUGACGCGGCGAGGAGGGUUAGCGAAAAGGAGCGCAAGGCUUAUCAGCGAUGGAAGGGCUUCAUGGGAGCGAAGAGGCUGAAUGUUAGUGUCAGGCAAGUGUGGGAUUGAGGAGAACGAAAGCAGAUGGUGUGAAGAAGGCACGACCGUUACGUGCAAAGCCACUUAUCACAGCCGCUUCCAGAUCUUGGACCGUUGCUUCCAAAAGUAUGCCUCCCUCGAACAAAUUAAUUGGCAAAAGUUUUACCACGACAACGCAGGUUGCUCCUAAGUCAACACACUUCACUUCUUUUCGCUCCUACCAUUUUGGGUUUUGACAAAAUUUUAUUGCAC